CUUCACUCUCGCGUCCAUCAUCUACAAGCAGCUUCAAGCCCAAUUUUCUCUGAACCCAUCUUUUUCUGCUUGUUUCUUCCCUCUAAUAGAAUGUAUAAUCAGUUUCGUGGAGGGCCAGCUCGGCUCAACUCAUAUCAUGGCCCAAAACGACAGCUCCUCGGAAACCCUGCGGGGCACGUCCCACCUGCCUGGCGAAAUGCGAACGUCCCCGCUGGACUACCUCAUAACGCCAACAUCGCAUCGGGCUCGGGACCUAAGAAGGCUGUAGAAGCUGGUAGCAAAAUAUUGUUGAGUAAUUUGCCAAUGGACGUUGGGGAAAACGAAGUUGAGGAACUCUUCAAACGGACGGUUGGUCCAAUGAAGGAUCUCUUCAUCAUAUAUAAUAGCCAAGGCCGUUCGAAAGGCAUGGCGGUCGUAACCUUCCAACGACCGGGCGACGCGGUUGUGGCACGGACGAAGUACAACCAGAAAAUCGUGGACGGUAAACACCGCAUCAAGAUUGAGAUAGUGACUGACACGGAUGACCCCAAGCUUCAAGCUGCACCGACACCCGCUCCUCCGCCACCCACUCUACUUCAGCGCAUAGGACAUGUACCGGCGUCAGCUCAGAAUGGUACUAAGGUUGUUCCUCUUAGAGUUGGUCCUCCGGUAGCGCCAACACCGACCCAACCGAAGGUCCGUGUGGCGCCUCGUCCAAUACCCCGUCCUGCUGCCGCCGUCGCCCAAAUUCCCGCAGGUCCACGAAGGCGACGCCAAAAGAAAGGUGCCAAACGUGUGAUGAAGAAGCCUGCGACAGCGGCUGACCUGGACCAAGAAAUGGAAGAUUACCGUGCCAAAGCUGCCGCAUGACGAGCGCCCGCGACACUCUUACUUUGUCAUUGCUCUCUAGACUGGGUACCGUUGAUGUUCUCCUGCUAGAGGCAGACAUCGACGGUGAGGCUGUCGAAAACUACCGAUUCCUUUUGCUACAAAGUUUGUUUUCUUGCUGUGCAUCUCCUAUGCGUUCUUGGCGUUGCUCCUGCGUUUUAUCGGGCCACAAUGUGGUAUGCAGUUGUCUGUUUCACAAUGCGA